UUGUUUUGGUUUUUUUUUGGUUUUUUUAUAUAGUUUUUCUAUGUAGCUGGAGUCACUUUAGCAAAUGUGCCAGACCUGCAGAUGCAUUUGUAGGGAGCCAGGUGUUCCCAUUCUGUGUGAAAUACACAUCACCAGGAAUUGCAAACCUCUCAUCACACCUGUCACAUGCUUCUGUUUCAUAUAUGGUUAAGGAUAAAUUAGAAUUUAAGGAAAAAAUUCCCAGGAGAUCUGUGCUAGGUGGCACAAGAUUUAUUCCAAAACACGUAUUAAAUUUCCCUCUUCUCCGCUGCAUUUCCUGCUUUGGCACAAUUCGAUGUCUGUUGGGAUUGAAUGAUUUCAAUUUGUGUCUUGCAUUAUCCUUCUGUUUUCUGGUAUCUCCAUAGUUUGGAAAUCUGGUACACUUGUCUCUUUCCCUGGUCCUGGAUGCACAUUCAUCCCUGUCCCUGGUCUGCUGUCCUUUGGGAUGCUUGGUCUGCUUGCAUCCCUCUGCUAGGCUUGCUCAGCAUUCUGGUUCAGCAGAAGACUGAUCACCUCCUUGAUGGGUUGGUUACUUCAUUAGUUGUGGCCAUUCCUGGGGAGGAUUUUCAGACCUUUAGAUUUAGUCCAAGUUACAUAUCAGGAAGGUAGAACCAGGGAAGUGCAGUAGCCAUAGGAAAGUAAACACGUGGAGUUGUCCUCUAUAGUUGUCUGUAGUAUCUCUGAAAAAAUAACUGGGUAUUUUACCAGUGUAUUUUAUCUAACUUGAAAUAACUGAAAAUGCUGUCUUUUAACACUCAAAUUUAAAAUAAUUUUUGGAAUAGAUCUUAUAAUUUCUUGAAUUGUUAUUCUUCCCAUCUUUCAGGCUGAAGGUGGCCCAUUCUGAGAUUAAUUUAAUAAUCAUCUGCUUAGAAAACUUCCUGCAUUGUUCAUGGAGUUUUUCAUCAGUAUGUCUGAAACCAUUAAAUAUAAUGACGACGAUCACAAAACUGUGUUCCUGAAAACAUUGAAUGAACAACGUUUGGAAGGAGAAUUUUGUGACAUCGCUAUUGUGGUUGAAGAUGUUAAGUUCAGAGCCCAUAGGUGCGUGCUUGCUGCCUGCAGUACCUACUUCAAAAAGCUUUUCAAAAAACUUGAAGUUGAUAGUUCAUCAGUAAUAGAAAUAGAUUUUCUUCGUUCUGAUAUUUUUGAGGAAGUUCUCAAUUACAUGUAUACUGCAAAGAUUUCUGUUAAAAAGGAGGAUGUAAACUUGAUGAUGUCUUCAGGCCAGAUCCUUGGUAUUCGGUUUCUGGAUAAACUCUGCUCUCAAAAACGUGAUGUGUCUAGUCCUGAAGAAAACACACAGUCCAAGAGCAAGUACUGUCUGAAAAUGAACCGUUCUAUGGGGGAACCCAAUGAUACCCAGGAUGAUGAGGUGGAAGAGAUUGGAGAUCAUGAUGACAGUCCAUCAGAUGUGACGGUGGAAGGCACUCCCCCAAGUCAGGAAGAUGGUAAGUCACCAACCACUACCCUGAGAGUGCAAGAGGCAAUUCUGAAAGAGUUGGGAAGUGAAGAAGUUCGAAAAGUAAACUGCUAUGGCCAAGAAGUAGAGCCUAUGGAAACGACGGAAUCGAAAGACUUAGGAUCUCAGACCCCUCAGGCACUCACAUUUAAUGAUGGCAUAAGUGAAGUGAAAGAUGAACAGACACCAGGAUGGACCACAGCAGCCGGGGAUAUGAAGUUUGAGUACUUGCUUUAUGGCCACAGGGAACAUAUUGUAUGUCAGGCUUGUGGCAAGACCUUUUCUGAUGAAGCGCGUUUGAGAAAACAUGAAAAGCUACACACUGCAGAUAGACCAUUUGUUUGUGAAAUGUGUACAAAGGGCUUCACCACGCAAGCUCAUUUGAAAGAACACUUGAAAAUACACACAGGUUACAAGCCUUACAGUUGUGAGGUGUGUGGGAAGUCUUUCAUUCGUGCACCAGAUCUAAAAAAGCAUGAAAGAGUUCACAGUAAUGAGAGGCCAUUUGCAUGCCAUAUGUGUGAUAAAGCUUUCAAGCACAAGUCCCACCUCAAAGACCAUGAAAGAAGGCACCGAGGAGAGAAACCUUUUGUCUGCAGUUCCUGCACUAAAGCAUUUGCUAAGGCAUCUGACCUAAAACGGCAUGAGAACAAUAUGCACAGUGAAAGAAAGCAAGUUACAGCAGCCAAUUCCAUCCAGAGUGAAACAGAACAGUUGCAGGCAGCAGCCAUGGCUGCUGAAGCAGAGCAGCAAUUAGAAACUAUAGCCUGUAGUUAAAAACUAAAGCUGGAACUUUAUCAGAAAUAAUAUAAGAAAUUAAAUGGAACAAAAUCUGUUGUUGAUAUACAUUUAGACUGAGAAUCUUUUCAAGAAAGCAUAUUUUUAGAGGAUUUGAAUGUUACAUAGGAAUACAUAGCAUCGCUUGGUUAGGUAUUUUAAAACAUUUCAGAGAUGGGUAUUCUUAGAAUGUGAACCAGUUUUUCAUUAGCAGUAUAAUGCACUAAAUAACUGCUUUUAUUCAAGAAUGUGAUCAAGUUCUCUACAAAACAGGGAUCAUCACUGGCCGAUACUUUGCUUCAUCUGGUAUGGAAUACUGAAUAUGAUGUAAACAUUGCAAUCAGUGAGAAUCUGAGUUAUGUUUGAAAAUGCUGAGAUCUCAGAAAUCACAAACAUGAAAAGAAAGGAAUUGGUUUUCAUAAUUCUGAGGUGUUACACCUACAAUUUUUUGAGAAGCAUAUAUUGAGUCCCUAAGCUUUUUAAUUCCUCCUUUUUCCACUUAAGAUAAGUUGGAACAACAGAGUGUAAAGGAGAAUGGUAAUCAAAAUUAAAUUGCUUCUUAUUCCAUUCCCUCAGAUAUCUUCCUAUUUUUAUAAAGGUGUCAAGUUUUAAUUAAAUACUUCCAUUAUUGAAAAAACUGCAUUAUUCACAGGAAUUCUGGCUGGCAAAGCUGAAGUGUCAUGGCAUUCACCAGUUCCUUCUGUGGGCAAAAAUGUUUGCCUGGUUUGUUUUUAUGUUCACUUUUAUGCAGGUCCCAGAGGUGGGACUGGGCCGCAAAGGAAAAAAGGCUGCAGCAUGGAGACAUGCUCCUUACUCAAACCCAGUAAAAAUCAGUAAAAGCUAAUACAGCUUGAGAUGUUUUUUUAUUAUACAGUUUUCUGGUCACCUAACCUAGCACAGUGAAGGCAGAGGAGUAUCUGCACCAACAGGUGACCAGGUGUCACUGCCAGGCUCCCAAAGCUGAAGGCAUGGGUGUCACAUACCUGCCCACAGGGCUCAGCUGGGGUUUGUGUCAUGGCUGGUUGUACAGCUCAUAGGUCCUGUUCAAGUUUAAAAGCUUCCACCUUUUGACACACCACCCUUCAUCAAGAGGGAGACUUCAGUGAGUGAGUUCUGUCAUAAUUGAUCCUGGGUGAGUGUUCACUAUUAGUCAGUUUCUUAGUCUAUUUUUUUUUAAGACCAGCUGGGGUACAUGCUGAUAACAAUAGUUAACUCACAGAGUCAACAAAAUAAGUGGUCUGCAGUCUGCUACUUGUAGUUGUCAAGGGAAGGCACAAUAACAGUGGCAGUGUAAUUCAAAGGUAUAUUGAGCCUUUAUUUUAAAUUUGUAAAUACUACAACUGUUGUGAAAACUUCAAAUGAAGUUGGAAUGGGAAAAAAACACAUUCUUGGGCACAUGACUGGUAACAUUGGUCACUUGCGAUACCUAUAGCAUAUCAAAAUGUUAGACCAGUUUCUGAUAAGUUACUGUGUGGUAGAUCACAUCUUGCUUUUCUAAAUAGAAAUUUAAAAUAGUGUUUUUGGAACUGUUAUAUGGAACUUCAAUUAUUGAGGGGUUUUUAUUUGGUUGAGAUUUUUUUUUACAGCUUCAUUUUAUUCAUGUAUUCAUCAGGUUAAGCAGUUAUCUUAAAAUGCCAGUAAUUGUUCAUACGCUGGUCUGUAAAUAAAACAUGACCUUAAUAUUUUAGAAAAUGUAAACUUUGGACCUUUACCAAUAUAUUUUUUUUAAAAUGUUGCUUCAUUUUACAUUCAGUAAUAUUAGUUUGUAAACAAACUAUACAUUUUGUACCUGUGCAACAUCAGAGGAUGUGUAUUCAUUGCAUUUUAUUGGUUCUCUUGAGGAACAUGAGAAAUGACCAUUGUUAAAAUGUUUUACUGUAUAUGAUCAUAGAUAUAAAGAUAGUAGGUCCAAAAUAGGAUCUACUCUUUUUUUUUUCUAAAUAUAUUAGUCUUGCUGUGUUUUCUUA